AAAGUGUCACAUCUGUGCUGUGCCGAAUGUCGUGUCCCUUGUUUUGAAAAAGUUCCUUCUUUCUGAAACUUAAUAUAUCGUAAUCAAUAUACCAAUCUAAACUUGCACACCAUGACUGAAAAACCGCAAAAGACUGCAAAAGUUGUCGUGCUUGGAGACAUCGGGCGCAGUCCACGAAUGCAAUAUCACGCUCUAUCACUCGCCAAUAGCGGUCUAAAUGUAAAUAUAAUAGGCUACUUAGACAGUAAACCACUACCCGAGAUAUUAGAGCACGAGCAUAUCACGAUAACAAAGCUGUAUCCAUUGGUAUUUAACCGAGGGCCGAAGAUAAUUCAGUACGCGAUGAAAGCGAUAUGGCAGACGAUAAGUUUGCUUCUAACAUUGUUUAUAACCGGUAAAUGCCAUUAUCUGCUGUGCCAGAACCCGCCUGCGAUCCCCACAUUGCCAGUUUGUAGGUUCUACUGCUUAUUAACUAAGACUAAGUUUAUUAUUGACUGGCAUAACUAUGCGUAUUCUAUAAUGGCUCUUGCUUCGCCGAAUAGAUGGUUGUUGAAGGUAGCGACGGCAUUGGAGAGGUACUUCGGGCAAUCCGCACACCACAAUAUGUGUGUGACAUAUGCUAUGAAGGCAGAUUUGAUCCAGAACUGGGGAAUAGAGGCAACAGUCCUCUACGACAGACCUCCAAAAAUCUUCCACCCUAUAACACUAGAAGAAAAACACCAAUGGUUCCUCAAAAUAAGUCAGCAAUACCCCGAGUUCAGCUGUCCAGGGAGAGAACUGCUCAACCAUCCUGCGGGAGACAUGGUCACAAAGACUGCAUUCACUAACUUUGUGAACAACAAGGUGGAGAUGAGGGCAGAUGCUCCUGGACUUCUUUUUAGUAGCACUAGCUGGACACCAGAUGAAGACUUUGGAAUUUUGAUGGAAGCACUUCAAGUUUACGAAACCACAUUCGACGUAACGAAGAAGCUGCCCAAACUGAUCUGCGUAAUAACCGGUAAAGGGCCAAUGAAGCAACACUACAUAGACCUCAUCACCUCUAAAAACUGGCAACACAUUAAAGUAGUCACGCCUUGGCUGGAAGCGGCUGAUUAUCCCACCAUGGUGGCUAGUGCAGACCUAGGAGUGUGCCUUCAUACCAGCUCAUCGGGUUUAGACUUGCCAAUGAAGGUUGUGGAUAUGUUUGGGGCUGGGUUGCCAGUGUGCGCGUAUGAGUUUAGCUGCAUUGAUGAAUUGGUAGAAAAUGGUGUAAAUGGAUACACAUUCAAGAAUAGUGAUGAGCUCUCGAAGCGGAUUAUUGCAUGGUUUGAAGACUUUCCCAAUAAUCAUGAACAGAAUAAGGUAGCAGCAGAUAUGAGAAAGGAGUUAGAAAAGUUCCAAAUGUCUCGGUGGGAGAGCAACUGGGAUUUGCGCGUAAAGAAAUUCUUCCAAUUUUGAUCUCAACUUA